AUGUUCGUCCAGAAGUUGGCGGGCUUCCCCCGCCUGCUUCUGGCAGGCAAUCCGACCAAAUAUGAAGUCGUUUUGUUGCUAACCGGCAUUGCCGCUGCUAUCGGAUCAGGUGUGCCCUUUCCGAUCAUCGGCAUCAUCUUCGGUGAACUGCUCGACGACUUCAACACCAUCUCCUGCACCCACCCCGACACCGAAAGCGAGCGCUCCUCCGAUCAAGGCAGCAUCAACCACGAGAUUCUGUUAAUUGUCUACCUGGGCAUCGCGCAAUUCGUCCUGAUCUACAUCCACCUGACCUGCUGGACGCUCUCUGGCGCCCGUCUGGCCCAACGCCUUCGCGAGAAAUACCUCCGCAACCUCCUCCGCCAGGAGCCCUCCUACUUUGACAAACUUCCCCCCGGGGAGGUCGCCUCGCGACUCAGCAGCGACAUCCAAACCAUUCGGUCCGGGACUUCCGAGAAAGUGGGCAUCGUGCUGGCCAGUCUGUCUUUUUUCGUGACUGCGUACAUCGUCGCCUUCAUUAAGGAUUGGAAGCUGGCCGCCGAGCUACUGUCCCUGAUUCCCGCCUACUUUCUCAUGUCCUUCAUCGGGAGUCACUAUAUCGAGAAAUACUCCAGCGCCAUGUCCGAUUACGCCGCAACGGCCGCCUCCAUUGCUUCCGAGGCGCUGAACAACUUGGUGGUGGUGCAGGCCUUUGGCGCCAAUGUUCGCCUCGAGAAGAAGUUUGCUGCUGCUCUCAAGUCGGCUGAAACGGAGGGCCUGAAGAAAGCCACCGCGGUCGGCAUCCAGGCUGGCUUUUUGUAUUUUAUCGCCUACUCGGCCAACGGUCUGGCUUUCUGGCAGGGCGCCAAGCAGGUCGCUGCCCACGUCCGUGACGGCACCAGCGGCAUCAGCGUCGGUGCGGUCUUCACGGUGAUUUUCAUCCUCGUCGAGGCAACCCUGUUGCUCAGUCAGGUGGCCCCGUUCUUACAUCUGUUUGUGGCCGGUGUGGCGUCGUAUGAGAAACUGCGCGAGGAUAUGGACCGUCAGCCGCUGAUUGAUGCUACCACGACGGAGGGGCUGCGGCUGUCUGAGGGACAGGCCCAGGGCGGAUUCGAGUUCAAGGAAGUCUCGUUCGUGUAUCCCUCCCGGCCGGAGAUCACUGUGCUCGACAAGAUCAAUCUGAGCAUCCCCGCGAAGAAGCACACCGCGCUGGUCGGAUUGUCCGGCAGCGGCAAGUCGACGAUUGCCGGCUUGGUGACGCGGCUGUAUGAUCCCACCGAGGGUCAGAUCAUGUUCGACGGCCACGACCUGCGCGACAUCAACACCAGAGAUCUACGCAGUUACCUGAGCUUGGUGCAGCAGGAGCCCUCGCUUCUGGACCGGUCGCUGCUGGAGAACAUUGCCCAUGGACUGAUGAAUUCGAGUAACCCUGAGCAUGCACGGUUCAAGGAAACGCUGCUGACGACCCAAUUGGAAGAGCUCUCCACGGAGGUGCGCGAGGGACAUGAUCUGAUGGCCGCAGCUGAGAAGCGCGGGCCCGAGGUUCUGGAAGUGGUGAAGAUGGUCAAGCACGCGGCGACCCUGGCUGACGCCGAUACCUUCAUCAGCGCGCUGCAGUAUGGAUACGGAACCUUGGUGGGAUCGAGCGGGCGUCUGAUCAGUGGUGGACAGAAGCAGAGAGUCUCGUUGGCUCGCGCCCUGAUCAAGGACCCGGCGGUGCUGAUCCUCGACGAGGCCACUGCGUCGCUCGACUCGCGUAGCGAGCAGCGCAUCCAGCGGGCCAUCAACAACAUCGCCAGCGGUCGCACCAUGAUCACCAUCGCCCAUCGCCUGUCGACCAUCACCGGCGCGGACAAUAUCGUCGUCAUGCACAAGGGCACCAUCGUCGAGCAGGGUGACCACGCCACGCUCAUGGCGCGGAACGGUGCCUACGCCGACCUCGUGAAGCUGCAGGGCAUGUCCUCCGCCUCGGACGACGCCCCUGCCACCGCUGACCAUGCCAGUCGCUCGGAUCCACCCUCCCUGACGGACGUGGAGAUUGAGAACGAAAAGGCCAGCCUGGCCGACACCGAGGAACCCGCCGAGAAGAGCCCGGUGGUCCACGAAACGCCUGCCUCUGACUCCAGCAACACCCCUACCUCGGACGAAGAAGCCGACCCUGAAGAGCUCGCUACCCCGAAGAAGUCCGUCUGGGCGCUUGCCAAGGGCUACGCGCCGGCCCUGCGUCCCCACCUCCUGUACAUCCUGUUGGCCCUGAUCGGCUCGGCCAUUGUCGGCGGCGCGUUCUCCGGUGAAGCCGUGAUCUUCGGUAACACAGUGGGCAGUCUGAACCCGUGCAAGGGGGCCUCGAGCAUUAGCCACAGCGGCAACUUCUAUGGGUUGAUGUUCUUCAUCUUGGCGAUCAUCGAGUUCUUCGCCAACGUGGUCAGCUGGGCGGGCUUCGGUCGCAUCUCCGAGAAGAUCGUGUACACCGUGCGGGUGCUCUCGUUCCGCUCGCUGUUCGAGCAGGAUCUGCAGUGGCAUCAGUCCGAGGGCCGCACCCCGGCGCUGCUGUUGUCGUUCAUCACCCGCGACGGCCAGGCGCUGGCCGGUCUGAGCGGGUCGGUGAUCGGUACCCUGAUCUCCAUCACGAUCAACCUGAUCGCGGCUAUCGUCAUGACGCACAUCAUCGCCUGGCGCAUCGCUCUCGUGUGUCUAGCCCUCGUGCCCCUGCUCCUGGGCGCGGGUCUGAUGGAGCUGCGCGUGCUGGGCAAGUUCGAGGAGAAGCACGAGAACGCGUACACCAAGUCGGUCGACAUCGGCGUGGAGGCCAUCACGUCCAUCAAGGCGGUCGCCUCCCUGGCGCUCGAGGAAUUGACUCUGCGCAGCUACCGCCGCUCGCUCAAGGGGCCCCGCAAGGAGACACUGCAGGUGACGCUGCAAGCCAGCUUCUGGCAAGCGAUGACCUACUUUUUGGGUAAUAUGGUCAACGCGCUGGCGUACUGGUGGGGCGCCAAGCAGAUUAUUCUUGGGAACUACACCCAGACGCAGUUCUUGAUCGUGGUUUUCUCGCUGCUUGUCAGCGCCCUCCUGUGGAGUCAGAUGUUCGCGCUGGCUCCGGAGUUGUCCGCCUCCAAGGCCGCUAUGGCGCGGAUUCUUGGGCUGAUUGAGAUCGGCUCGGAUAAGAUGCGCGGCAACGUCGACCGGCUCCCACCGUCGCUGUCCUCGGACAUUGAGAGUUCAGCCACGUCCACCGAGAAAUCCAGCGGGGGCGCCUCCACCGUGCAGCUCCGCGACGUGCACUUCUCCUACCCGGCCCGCCCGGACAUCAAGGUGCUGAACGGGCUGAGCGUGAACAUCCCUGCGGGCAAAUUCGCCGCCCUCGUCGGCCCCUCGGGCGCCGGCAAAUCGACGAUUAUCUCCCUGGUGGAGCGACUGUACACCCCCUCAACGGGUUCCAUCGUGGUGGAUGGUCUCGAUGUAACGCAGACCCGGGGCGUCUCGUUCAGGGAUACCAUCUCCCUCGUCCCGCAGGAAAGCGUGCUGUUCGAAGGCACGAUCGAGUUCAACAUCAGCCUCGGCGCGCCGCCGGGCCGCGACGUCAGUCUGGAGGAGAUCCAGGAAGCGUGCAAACUCGCCAACAUCCACGAGACCAUCAUCGCCCUGCCGGACGGAUACCAGACGAUGUGCGGCCCCAACGGGUCGCAGUUUUCGGGUGGGCAGAAGCAGCGUCUGUCCAUCGCACGGGCGCUCGUUCGUAAACCCAAGCUGUUGAUCCUGGAUGAGUCGACCAGCGCGCUGGACGCGGAGAGCGAGAAGCUGUUGCAGGAGGGGCUGGAGCGCGCGGCGAAAGGCAUAACGGUUGUGGCGAUCGCGCAUCGGUUGAAUACGAUCCGCAAGGCGGAUGUGAUCUUUUUGAUUGAGGCGGGGAGGUGUGUGGAUAGUGGGACGCAUGAGGAGUUGUUGGAGCGGUCGGAGAGUUACCGGGCGAAUGUUUUGCAUCAGACCGUUGCAUAG